AUGGGAUGUGCAGCAGGAUAUUCACUUUAAUAAGACUUGGAUUUGUCUAUUUCUCACACAGAUUCUUAGAUGCUGUUACUUAAUAAUCCAAUACGAAACUUAUAUCAACCUAAAACAAUAGAAUCAACUUUUUUGUGUAAUUCUCUGAAGUGGUGUGAUGAAGAUGACAAUUUAGAGAAUCUUUUUGAAGAAUGUUGUAAAUUGGAAGAGGAAUUAGUAAUUGCAAAUACGAGAAUUCUUAGGAAUGAUGAAAAUGAAGUCAAAGAACUAUACCAACUUUAGUAAUCAAAAUACUUCUCUUAAACAUCAAUAUGUGUGUACAAAAGGAGAAAUCUCUAUAAAAGUAAUAACAAACUUCCAGAGAAAAUCCCAAAUAGCAUUUUGAAAAGAAAACGUUUAAAAGAUGAUUAAGUAUUUUCAGGAAAGAUCCCAAGUAAAAUAAAAGUGUAAAAAGUGGUGAGAUUCAAUAAAUGUUAUGUAAAAUUCAUACCAGACACUUUAAUGUGA